AUGAAUUUCACAAGUUUUCAUUUCACUCAGCAACAGGGUUCCAGCUCAACCCUCCUCUCCCCUUCCAGCCUCAGCAGAGAGAAUGGAGCAAAUCUGUCUCCUCCUGAGGCCGCCUGCCCGGUGGGGUGGGCCUUCUCUGGGAGCAGAGGACUCUUCAUGAGUUGGGAACACUUGCCAUUUAAGGGCCAGCUGAGUCCGGGCUGGUGUGGCUCAGUUGAUAGAAUAUCAUCUCUUGAGCUGAAACCGGUUUGGCUCAGUGGUAGAGCGUCGGUCUGCGGACUGAAAGGUCCCAGGUUUGAUUCCGGUCAGGGCCAUGUACGUUGGUUGUGGGCACAUCUCCAGUAG